AAGCGCGGGAAACGUGAGCGUGACGGGCGCGUUUUUUAUUGCUAAUUUUAAAAACUUUUUAUUUACUGAUAUUACGUGAUCAGAAGGGUUUAUUUAUUUAAAUAUUACUUAUUUCUAGUGUGUGUAUAUAUAGUUUGUGUAGUUUGCUGAUAUUUAGGUAAGUUUUUUUGAUAUUUCUUUCAACAUGAACGAGCCCCCCGAUCCUUCGGGGGGUUUCGUCCCUCCGCCAGCCAGUUUUGUCACUGUAUUGUCAGAAAAGGAGAAUGAAUCUGGUAAUAUGGACACUGAUAGUUCUAUUAGUUCUUUACAAGCGGCUGUUUCUGAGCAUUCCCCUAAAAUUUCUGCAAAAAGGCGCCGAAAGCAUUCCCGCCAUCUUAAAACUUCAGUUGUUGAUUUUACUAAAAAAGACCUUACGAAUACCUCGGCUGUAUCAUCCCCCGCUCAAACUCCAAUUAGUGAUUCCACUAAAGAUAAUGUGACAAACCCCGUGAUUGCUUCUGCUGUACCGACCUCAUCUCACACUCCUAUUGGCCGCCAAAUGUACAAAAAUUCUGAUUCUGCACCUUAUGUAGUCCAUGUACAAAAGAUAGUUAAUUCACCAGACUCUGGAACCACACUGCACCCUGUCAUUUUUGGAAAACUCCUGCAAAGAUAUUCAUUCCAUAACAUUAUUAAAGGCAGUUUAAAAAAAAUUGGUCGAAAUAAAAUGUCCAUAGCCUUCUCGAAAAGUGAGGAUGCCAACUUGUUCCUCAUACACGACAGCUUAGUGAUAAACAACUUAAAAGCAUUUAUUCCUACUUUCAAUGUGACCAGAAUGGGCCUCAUAAGAGGUGUUCCUGAAGAGUGGUCUGAUGAGGAAAUAAUUGGCAACAUCACUGUCCCUGAAGGUUGUGGCAAUAUUAUCAAAGUUAGACGCCUAAACUUUAAAUCGUUUACUGAUGGCUCUCCUGUCUGGAAACCCUCACAGUCUGUAGUGGUGACUUUUGAUGGUCAAAUACUGCCAAAGCGAAUUUACAUGUGUUAUAACACUUUGCCAGUUGAUUUGUAUGUAUAUCCUACCAUACAGUGCUACAAUUGUUGUAGGUUCGGUCACACUAAGCUUCAAUGUAGGUCAAAGCCUCGGUGUUACAAAUGUGGUCAAUCACACACCGGUGAAUCUUGCCAGNUAAAUUACUGUAUAUUAAUAUGGUCAUUUUAUCCUACCUCAAUCCGCUCUCCUGAUCACUUUCUUCUCUCCGUCCGAUCCUUCCGUUCCGUAUUUUUCUUUCCUUAA